GGAAAGCAGCAGAUGCUCCGUGGAGAGAAGGUCCCAGUGGCCCUAAUUCCUCUGAAACUUCAGCCAGAGAAAGGGCCAUAACGGUCAGAUUUUCCAGGGAGAUCUUGUUCAUGAUUUAUUCCUGAGAUCUGUUUCAUAUAGAGUUGCACCAUGAGGCUUGCCACGGUUGUUGUCCUCUGCUCUUUGUUCCUGGGAGUCAGUGGUGAUGGCUGGUAUUCAUUCUUCAGGGAAGCCAUACAAGGGACUUGGGACUUGUGGAGAGCCUAUCAGGACAGCCUAGAAGCUAAUUACCAAAAUUCAGACCAAUACUUCUAUGCUCGUGGGAACUUCGAGGCCCAACAAAGGGGAUCUGGGGGCAUCUGGGCUGCUAAAAUAAUCAGCACUGGCAGGAGCUACUUCCAGGGUCUCCUAAACCGGUAUUAUUUCGGAGUCAGGGACCACGGAUUGGAAAGUCUGCAGGCUACCCAGAAAGCCGAGGAAUGGGGCCGCAGUGGCAAAAACCCUAACCACUUCAGACCCGAGGGCCUUCCUGAGAAGUUCUGAGCCUGCCACUCAGAUUGCACUCAGUGGACUAGGCUGUGAGCCACAUGCCUCUCUCCGUGACAGGAUGUCGCUCAGCUUGGUGUCCACAAGGACUCCAGAGCAGCUAGAGAUGCCCAACAAAGACUUUGCAGAUUGAUUUGUCAACGGAAACAGAGACCUCUCAGAAAUACUUUCUGAGAAGAAAGUGUUUCAAUGGAUCACAGAAGAUAAGCAGAGGAAAAGGUGUGACCACAAGAUAAUAGCUGGAAACCACACUGCCCCACCAGGUCUGCUCUUUAACCAUGCCAACUUCUGCUAAGCAGGCCUGAGCUAGCAAAGCAUUGCCCACCAUGUGGGACUUCUUCACAAAGUGGCGUUUGCUCUGAGAUAAGCCCUGGGCACCUGCCCAUCAAUUUCUUCCUGGACACUGACCAGGUGUCUCCCUCCCUUCCCCACCAUCUUCUGGUCAUAACUGGGUGUCUGUUCAUUUUAUUGUUGUUCUCAUGCAUUUCCGUGUACUGAUGCAACCCUGCCUCAUCAGUCAUGUCCUCUCCACUGACUGCGGGCCUUGUCUUCUGUGACCUCUUUUCAAAUAGGGAACACUACGUUGAGGAUGCCUCAUCCUAACCUCAGGAACCCUAACUGAGAAACCACAUUGGGAACCAGCUGGCAGAGUGCUUGCUUAGCAUGCAUGCAUAGAUCCCUAGGUAGAUUCCCAGAACUGCACAAACCUGGUGAUGGUAUACACUUAUAAUCCUAGCACUGGGGAGGCAGAGCUGACAGACCAGAGGUUCAAGGCCAGUCCUGGAUAUAUAUUGAGUUUGAGACCAGCCUGGGAUAGAUGAGACAGACCCUGUGUAUCCAUAAAGUACACACCACGCACACACACACACACACACACACACACACACACACACACCAGUGCCUAUCUCAGCUCAAGUUCUAACUAGUCUUGGCCCAUGUUACCUAAGAAGUGGCUAUCAUAUCACUAUUUCUUGGUUUCAUUCUCAUUGUGUUACGAUCUAAACAAAAAUCUACUUCGUGUUCUAGAAGGGAAGCAAGACACAUCACUGAGCAGGAGAAAGUGAAUUAAUUUACUCAUAAGCAAAGGCAUUCUUCUAGUGAAGGUCUGGUUUGUAGGGACAAGAAGGUUCUAAUGAAGAGGGAGAUUCUGGUCCUAAGGGAAUAACUGCUAUGUCAAAGCCAGGUCCCCGCGUGGAAGACUAACUCCAAAGGAGUAGAAACAUCGCUCACUCAAAGAAAGAAACGUGGAGAGGAUGGGUGGAGCCUGUGGGAUAGAGGAUGAAGAACUUGAGGAUUCAAUCUGCUGGACUGUGUCACAAGUUGACACAAUUUCAGAGUUUGGCAUACUUCACUAUAUUGACCUAUCUGCCUAUCUGUCCACAGGGAAAGUAUAUUAAAAAAAAUCAAAGGACAAAAAUGUCCGUCUCGUUGUAUGUCAUCUUUGUGCCCUUACCUGUUAUAAUGUCUGCCGAGUAGGUGCUCUACAAACAUGAACUGAAAAAAAGAGAAUGAAACUGCCUGUGUUCCCCAGAAGUCACCAUUCCUGGAGAAGUAUCUAGAUUCUAUACAAAGCAUGAAAUGUUCUACUCAAGUCUUAGAAUAUGAUAAUGAGUCACUCUGAGGUGACUGUAAAUCUAUCCCCAAAUCAAUGCUCAAACGUCAGCCCAAUGAUAAAAUCUUACUGUGGCAUAGAAAAUGUUUAAUUUUCUCAGCAAUGCUUUUCAAUUCUUAUGGAAAUGGAAAGUAUGAAGUAUAAAAAGACUAUGAAAAGUCUUGGGAGGAAUUAAUGCCUAUUUCCAUUCCAAGUGUGUGGUGGCACAUGCCUGUAACUUCAGCACUCAGGAGGUAGAGACAGGGGGAAUCACUGCAAGUUUGAGGCCAACCAGGGCUACAUAGUUGUACAGCAGACCUUGUGUCUGUUUAUGUCUCUCUGUCUCUGUCUGUCUGUUCUUCUGUCUCUCUCUGUCUCUUUAUUUCUCUGUCUCUGUCUCUCUGUGUCUGUCUGUCUGUCUGUCUGUCUAUCUGUCUGUUUCUCUCCCUCUACUCCCACACUAAAGUACUCCUUUCUCACAGGGCAGGUUAGCAGGAAACACACCGUGUAAUGACACACUGUACUUCUUUAAAAUGUGAAACAUGGUAGCUUGAAAGAUGUACAGUUAUAUACACACUUCCAAGAAAAACAUGGUUCCAGUUAACCUAAAAUAACAGUUUCUUAUCACUCAGAUCCUUUAUAUUGUACUAAAUGAAACGUUGUAGACUUAUUAAGAUGAGAGGUUUUGUUUCAAUCAUCUUUGUGUUUGUUCAAAAAGAAAGUAAAUAUAUUUAUUUCUA